AUUUAAACUUCGGCCCAUUUCCUAGCUUUACUCAGUCUAGAGUGUGUUCUUCAGUUAAAGUGUUGUGCACCAUGAAACAAAAAAUAACCCUUUUUAUUCUUAGUGCUCUUCUUGCUAGAUGCUCCUCUCAAGUUACAAAAUGCGAUGUAGACGAUCCUGGUAAUAUUAUAGCAUGGAAUACUGCUAUUAUUGCUACUGACCCAAUCGAUGACAUUGGCUCUUUAAACUUAGAAUUUACAUAUAGAGGAGAUCUUCAACUGGAGGCGGACACCGAGGAAGAAGGCGCCAAAUACAUAGAUGUUACAGCCGACGGUUCAACUUUGAGUAUAAAAACCAAUGAUUAUUUCAAAAAUAACUAUGAAGAAGAUCAAAGAAACCAGGCACCUGCCUCCUCGCUUUGUAUUUUUCGAACCCUGUCGAUAACAUGUGACGGCACAACUUAUCCACUUACUAUAGCACUAUAUGUACAAGAUACCAAUAAUCAUGCUCCCACAUUUACACAAGAUACCUACACCUACGUAAUGCCAAUGCCGCUGGUACCAAACAUAGAUCUUACAAAUUUUGGCGAUAUAGAAAUAAUUGCUGAAGAUAUCGACUUUUCCAACACAAAGAUGACCUUCACUGUUGAUCCCCCAGAAUACUUUGCAUUGGACUUUAAAGCUUUGCCAAGCAGGCAGUAUCAUGCAGUUUUGAAAGUUAAGCAAUAUGUGAGAUACGACAAAGAUUUGACACUGAUGAUCACCGCAACUGAUGAAACUGACCCGUUUAACACUGGCACAGCUACAGUCGUAAUUAAAAAGGACAAUGACUUCAGUCAACCCGACAUUCCAACAUUUUCGGAGCUUAUAUACGCAUUUACAUACUCUAAUGAUGGCGGCAACCCCGCCAUAACACCCGACGACCCUUCAAAAGAAAUUGUUGUCACUACUAGUGACUCAGACCAAACCGAAGUAUCUCUAAGUGAUGAAACAUACUUCAAAGCUGAAUACGACAAAACCACAAACAUAGUCGCAAUAUCAGUUACAAAUACACCAGUGGAAUCAGCAUCCGAAUCUAUGAUGACUUUAACACUAACGGUAAAACUAGGUUCUGAAAGUAGCGAAUCGGCCAUCAUUGUCAAGCUUCCAAGUAAUGUCGUCGUCAUUAUUCCCAAAUUUACAGCACCUUACUACACAGCCACAUAUUCAGUGGAUGGUGACGGAAAUCCUUCUCUUGCACUAGACGCCGGACAAGAAAUUGCAAUUACACAACAGGCAAGCAAUCUUGAUGUCAAGCUGGAGGGCGAUGAUCACUUUAGUAUAGCAAACGUCGACGGUGUAUGGACUUUGAAGGCAGACAGUCCACUGCAGGACGAGAUCUUGAAAAAGGGAGAAGAUAUAACUUUAACUUUACACGCAACAGUUACUGACGAAAAUUCAGAAGAGCAUGAAGGAUUCGGAGUUGUGAUUGUAAAAUUGCCUCCGGUUCUAGAAGUACCGAGAUUUGUAGAAGCUAACUACAGAGGACAAUAUAAGGUCGAUGAGGCAGGUGUUAAAGAUACAGUAGAGUUAACAAACGGACCUAUAAAUAUAGUACAGACGGAUGAAACUGUGGAUAUUGUUAUAGUUGACAAUACUGGAUACUUCACCUUAAUUAAGGACACUGAUGGGUGGACAGUAGACGUCUUAAAAUAUUGGGAACAAGUAACAGAAGGAGGGGAUAUCGUCCUUACGUUAUCCGCAACAGUUACAGGCGCAGAUGUAGAACCCGGUUAUAGUACUUUAAUUAUAGCACUACCCGCAGCUGCCGAGGCACCAAUCUUUGAUAAACCUUAUUACACAGCAACAUACAAAACUGAUACCAACCCAAACACCCUGGAAAUGACAGACAUUAUAAACGUAGCUGGUGGAGAUGGUACCGUUGUUAACUUUCUCGACAGUGAAACAAAUUCGCAGUUUUUCAAUGCUGUACUUAACGACGACAAGAGUGUUACCGUUAGUCUGAAGAACAAUUUGGAUCUCAAAACAAUUCUAGGUGAAGUCGAUAUUGUAUUAACUCUGCAGGCUACGGAUCCAGCAGUUACCGAAGUGGGUACAGCUGCUCUAGUUGUAGAACUUCCGAAAGAAGUUACUCCAGCAGCCUUCACACAAGUAUAUUAUACGGGUAGCUACGACGUUGACAACGAUCCAGAUGUUGUCAAAAUAAACGAAGCGAUUGAACUCAGUGGAAAUUAUUUAGAUUCUACAACAGUUGUUUUGGUCACACCAACCGGACUGGAAGACAAGUUUAAAUUAUCUGUUGCUAGUCCAUAUACAAUAACGUUAACAGGCGAUAUCGAUGAUGUUCAUUCGUACAACGAAAUUGUACUUACGCUUGAAGCUUCUAUAGAUGGAGUUCCUCGUAAAACAAGUGCUACCGUAGUAAUUGAAGUACCGUCAGCUAUUGCGCUGCCACCUAAAUUUUCAAGUCCGCUAUAUGAGUUCAAGUAUGACUCAGACUCUGAUACAGUAACGUCUACUGAUGGAAAAACGAUUACUAUUGACGCAAGUGAUCCAAGUUUAGUUUUAAUUAGAAUGGAAGGACCAUAUACGAACUAUUUCAAUAUAAUUUAUGAAGCCACAGGAGUAUGUAUAUUAGAAGUCGCAAACCCUCUUAAUCCAGCUAUUAUUGAUCAAAAUGUAGAAAUAUUUAUAGUGUUGAAUGCUGUCAUAAGUGAUUCAAGCGAUACCUCUUCAACAAUUAUAGCUAUAAAAAUGCCAGAAAAAACGGGAAAUGUGCCACUAUUCUCAGAGAGUUACUAUAAAGCUACUUAUACCCCCAACGAGUCUGGUCCAGAUAUUGUAACUAUUCCAGACGUAGUACCCAUAACUAUUGUCAGUGAUCAAGCAAGUGACACUGUGGUAAAAGUGAUAGGUCAAUACGAAGACAAUUUUCAAGCAGAAUUUAAUAGUAACACCAAAUCGUGGGAUAUAACAGUAAUUAACAAGUUGGACGACGACAUCCUAAACGUGUACACAGAACUUGUUAUAACUUUGGGAGCUGUCUUAUCUGGAGAAACCGGUGUAGGAACUGCUGCACUCAUUCUGUUUCUUCCAGAUCACGUAAAAGAACCUGUUCCCUUAUUCGAGGAAGCCUCCUACAACGCUCAGUAUGACUUACGUGAAGACGGUACACCUGAAGUCACUGGCGAUCUUAUUGUUGUCAAGGCUGCUGACCCAAAAUACGUCGAAGUCACACUCGCUGGUUAUACCGAUAAUUUUAUUCUAACACCCAACGAAAAUAACUCCCAAUGGACCAUUUCUUCAAGUGGGAAACCUCUGGAUGACGAUACUUUAAAAAAUAAUGCACAUCUAGUGAUUACACUAAACGCGCAUCUGGACAACGCUGUAGCUGAUGGAGUUGCCAUUCUCGUUGUCACACUUCCACAUGAUUGAUGAUCAGUUCUUACAAAUAUGAUGAUAUGUAUAUCUAAUUCAAUAAAAUAAAUUCUCAACCAAA